GCUUCCUCCUGGCUGUCCCAGCUCCUCCCCCAAGGUCAGGCCCUGAGGGGGAAGGGGCAGUGGGGCACAGAGGAGAGAAGCAGCCUCUAUGGACACCCAGGAGCUGUGCGCCACGCAGGGCUGUUCCCUCCUGGUCCGGAUUUACAACUGCCACCGUUGGUCUCCGCUUGCCUCUGCCGGCCAGGUCGGCGCUCCCCGGGUCUCCCACUCCCCAAGCUGCCCUUGGCCUUUCUCAUUUUAUCUAUCUUGGAGGUGCUGGGAAAGCUGAGGAGAAUCAGACCAGCUCCAGGUUCCCUCUCCCCAGCGUCCCCCAUGUCCCCUGGUACCAGCACGAGAGGAAACGGCCACAUGGUCCAGAGAGCCCCGCUCCCACCCCUGCUGCUCCUGUCACUGUUGAUCCCAGGCUCGUGGGCUAUACCAGAGGCACAGCCACUUCACCGAGUGGCGGGGCAGACGCUUUCUGUGAGAUGCCAGUACCCCCCCAAGGGCUGGCCCUACGAGAGGAAGAGCUGGUGUAAGGAGCUAUCAGUGUUCAAGUGCACCAGGUUAGUCACCAGCUCCGGUCCCCGCAGGCUGGCUCAAGCCUCUCGAUUCUCAAUCUGGGACAACCCUAGCACCGGCCUCUUCAUUGUCACCAUGACUGGGCUGAAGGAGGAAGAUUCAGGACACUACUGGUGUAGAAUUUACCAUGCUUCCGGCAACUCUGUCUCUAAGUCCAUAAGGUUCUAUCUGACGGUGUCUCCAGCCCCCAUCACCUUUCCAGAGAUGGCCUCCCACCAGCCUCCAUCAAAAGCUCUGAGCACUGCUUCCGCCUCCACGCAGGCCACCCGGGCUUCCCGUGACCUGAUGUCAUCACAGACCCAGAGCUGUGUGUCCUCCACUGGAAGAGCCAGAGAGGCCCCCAGGGCUUCCUCUGCCGUCACUGCCCCUUCACAGCAACAAAACUGCACCCUCCACUGUCACCCUGCAGCCCCCGGCACUCUGGUCUCCGUGCUCUGUGGACUCCUUCUGGCCAAGAGCGUGGUGUUGUCAGCCCUGCUUGUCUGGGCCUUAAGGAGUCGACAUGCGCAACACAGAGGGAGGUCUCUGAUGCACCCAGCUCGGUCCAGACUCCAGGCCUCAGGGCCCAAGAAGGAUGGCCAGUAUCCCCCAGGCUCUCCAGGGGCGCCUCCCUGACCUCUGAACCCUUCGCUCCUUGCAAAGAAAAGGUGGAAGUCCCCCAGAACUUGAUCCAACACCCUUGGCUACACCCCUCACUCCAGUGUUGAGGAUUUCUCAGCCUGGACUCCUCCCAAGGUCCAGGCCCACGGCUUGCUCACACACAGCAGGCAUCUGGUCCAGCACCAUCCAGGGAUGGGAGCCGAAGACAGUGCAGUGGCUGUCCAGCAAACUGGAGCCACCACAGCGGGCCAGUCUGACUCUUCCCCCCACGAUCUUCUCCCCUAGCCCUCCCC